AUGAAGCACUACAAUAGUGUUGCACCAAGGAUGUCUCUCAAAGAGAACAAGGAACAAAAAAACAUGAGGGAUCCUAGUAACUGGCCGAAACCAUUACACGAAUUUAUCUCUAAUUGCUUCUCUAAAGCUAGUGAGAUGAAACUACCUCCUACAGAAAAGACCAAGUUUCAAGGCGAACUUAAGAACUUGAUUAACCUUGCCAUAACUAAAGGAAAGAUAGAAGAAAAUGAUUGGACCCAACAAGUUCUACCUUCAUUAGAGAGAAGACCACUGAAGCUGGAUCUAUACUGUAAUAGUAUUAGGCAUAAGACUGUUAGAUCGUUUACUCCUCCGAAUCAGAACUUUAUUCGUAUUGCCAUUCCUAAGAAAAGAAAUAUGUUUGACCAAGACAGUGAUGGGGACACCAAUUCUGGUGAUGACAGCUAUGAACCCACGAUAAAUUCAACGAAGAUCCAUCCAAUCAAGAAACUGAAGAAAAAGACCAACAACACCUCAUCAAUGGUGAAUACCGGGAAUGGAGAUCGAAUGACAUCGGAAGAGCGUAAAAAAUUGCGUGGUAAACGAUUCCAGCGGGAAUUAAACUAUACUCCAACAUAUGAACCAGACAUACCGAACUACGAUACUAACAAGCAAUUUGUGGGUAAAAGCACCACUUUAGAAAAGAGAUAUUUGCGUUUAACAUCCCAGCCUAAUCCUUCGUUGGUUAGACCAGUGCAUGUUUUGAGGAAAACUUUUCAAUUGUUGAUGGAUAAGUACCUCGAAGGUACCAAGUAUAACUAUCUCUGUGAUCAAUUGAAGUCGAUGAGACAAGAUUUAACAGUUCAGAAUAUCCGUACAGAUUUCACUGCGAUGGUAUAUGAGUUUCACAGUAAAUUGGCAAUUGAAUUUGCUGAUUUGGGUGAGUUUAAUCAGUGCCAAUCGCAGUUGAAGCUUCUAUACAAUGAUCCACGAAUCAAGGGAACAGAUAAAGAUGAGUAUAACGCCUACAGAAUAUUGUACUGUAUUAUAACUACUGAUUAUAACGAGGCUAAUAACUUGAAAUUACAGAUUUUGGGAGAGAAAGCAAUCAUUGACAGUCACUUUCUCGAGGAUGCAUUUAGACUAUUGAAUUAUGUGAUUACAGGCGAUUAUUAUCGCAUAUUUGAUAUAGCAAGACAGAUCCGCACUAAAAAUGAGAAAGAUCAGAAACAAGUGCAUACUAAAACCCAUAUUGACAUACUUCAAGACCCUAAUGCUCUCAAACUGAACCAUGCUGAAAUGUACUUUUUCUUUAAGUUUCUAGAGAAGAUUCUAGACCGUGAAAGAAUGAAGACCAGGAACUAA